UGGCAGGGACAGGGGUUGGACGUAUUUCUUUUGUAUACAAAAGCUCAAACCCACGCUUUGUGAUACAGAUUUCUUUGAAAGUUUUCUUAUUGCAAUAUUAUUUUCUUGGGAUUGGCACGUCCAAUCUUCGACAUAACAAAUUCCCCAUAUCAUGCUAUACUACACUGCCAAAUGGCUAGCACAAAAUCCUCCUACCUAUCAGGAAUAACCUCUGCAAGCAUAACGUUGCUGAUUCGUUUGAAUUCGUCGAUUCAUUAAGGGAUAUACUAAUGUAUCCCCAUGGAGGAAAAUGAUAUCCAUGGAUGUUACUUCACUUUUCACCAACGUUUCCUCUCACUGAAACUAUCUGCUUUAUACGCAAAUUCAUUGAAGAUAAUAAUGUAGACAGGUAUGUGUCCCGACCCACUACUUAAAGGAACUACUGUUGAGGUGCACUCUAUAUGUCCAGUUCAAGUUCAACAACACGAUAUAUAGACGAAGAGAUGGAGUAGCAAUGGGGUCACCACUGGGUCCUUUACUUGCAGAUUGCUUCUUGGCCAGUUUGGAGAAUAGUAUUUUAUGGCCUACUAUCGACAGUUUCCAUCUGUACCUAAGAUACAUGGAUGAUACCUCCAUCAUAUGUGACGACAAUACUGACGUCGAAUUGAUAACUAAUGAGUUCAACAGCUGCCAUCAUGCCAUCAAAUUCACGUCGGAAUCAGAGAUUAACUCGGAAUUCCACUUUCUGGAUGUUUUUCUAAAGAGGAGAUCUGAUGGCUCUCUUCAAAGAUCUAUCUACAAGAAACCAACAUGGAAUGAUCAGUACACAAAUUUCCACAGCUGGGUCCCUUUGAGAAGAAAGAGAAAUCUGAUCCAUUCUUUAUCCUCAAGAAUAAGGAGGAUAUGUUCAAGUGAUACAAUAAAUGGGGAACUGGGGCGACUCAGACAAGUCCUCAUAGAGAAUGGAUAUCCUCCAAGAUUUAUCGAGAAAAACAUGAAGUCAAGGAAAAAGCCUGAAAGAAUCCAGACGGCGCCGAAGAAACUGCUAUUUAUGAGUGUUGAAUUUAAAGGUGAUACCGCAGCUGAGAUCCUGAAGAAUCGCUGCUUAUGCAGAUCAGAUCACUGAGGAAAGCCUUCUUUAUGGCUGAGCUACGUAUCAAUUUUUACAGCCGACAAAUGAUCAAUGGAUGUGUGAAGGAUAAACUGCCGCUUUCGACUGGCCACCUCAAUGUGUAUUUAUAAAUUCACCUGCUGAUCGUGUGGAGCUAGUUAUAUUGGCCGCCCACACACUUUCCAAACGCAUCUCUGAACAUUAUCCGGCAUGGUUAGCAAAGGGACAAUGCAAGACAAUUACUAGCUCAAUUCUCGAGCAUUUGGUGAACUCA